ACAUGGAUCCCGACUACAUGUCAACCGACAGUUUUCGGGGCGAAAAUUGUGAAAAUAAGUUGCCUCUUACCGGAGAUCAGCGGAGCCAGCGUCCUCCUGCAGCUGCCGUGACUUCUCUCAGAGACUCUGGCGUCAAAACACCCGUGGCCACACCCCUCCGACAAUAAGUAAGCUCAUGGACUGAAGCCAGCCAGUCAAUAUGCUGAAAGAUCUCCCCCGAGAGGCUCUGUUCAGGCCGUUGACCAGGAAUGAGGUGGUGGGCAUGCUUGUGAGGUUGACCAUCUUUGGAGCAGCCACCUACUACAGCAUCAAAUGGGUUUUGGACGCCAUGGACCCCACCGCCAAACAGAAAAACCAAGCAAAGAAAAGGGCGGAGCAGCUUAUGAAGAGGAUUGGUGUUGAGGGGGUCAAACUUACUGAAUACGAAAUGAACAUCGCAUCGCACCUGGUUGAUCCACAAACAAUGAGGGUGUCCUGGAGAGAUAUAGCAGGACUCGAUGAGAUAAUCAAUGAGCUACAAGACACAGUCAUUCUGCCCUUUCAGAAACGACACCUUCUGACUGGAUCCAAGCUCUUUCAGCCCCCUAAAGGUGUUUUGUUGUUUGGUCCACCAGGAUGUGGGAAGACCAUGAUCGCUAAGGCAACAGCCAAAGCUUCCGGCUGCAAGUUUAUCAACCUGCAGGCGUCCACGCUGACCGACAUGUGGUACGGCGAAUCCCAAAAGCUGACGGCUGCAGUCUUCUCGUUGGCAAUCAAACUCCAGCCAUGUAUCAUUUUUAUCGAUGAAAUUGAGUCGUUUCUCAGGAACCGGUCCAGCCUUGAUCACGAGGCCACUGCCAUGAUGAAGGCCCAGUUCAUGAGCCUUUGGGAUGGCCUAGAAACCUCCUCAGCCACUCAGGUCAUGAUCAUGGGGGCAACAAAUCGACCACAAGACAUGGAUCCCGCUAUCCUGCGCAGAAUGCCCACCACUUUUCAUGUUGGCCUUCCUAACACAAGACAAAGACAGGACAUCUUGAGGCUGAUCUUAGCCGAAGAAAGUCUGAGCAACACCAUUAAUCUGAAGGAGAUAGCCGAGAAGACGGAAGGCUACUCUGGCAGCGACCUGCGGGAACUCUGCCGCGAUGCUGCCUUUUACAGAGUUCGAGACUACGUGCGCAAGGAGCAGAUGAGGCAGAUCACCCAGCAGUUAGGAGAGGUCCAGGAGGACGAGAAUUCAGUGACUGAGGAGCAGCUGCGUCCCGUCAGCCAGCUGGAUCUCCUCUUUGGGCUGGACAAGAUGAGGGAAUCCAAACGCGCCUCAGUGGCCACACUACCCGCCACGGCUGAGGUUCCACUGGACUGAAUACCUUUGUUUGAAGUUGCACUUUUUCAUCUGUUUAUUUUUCUGUUCCCGCUGAUCCACAGCAGGUGCACUCCUCCAAUAAUCAAUACGGUAUGCUGCUUUUUUUUGUCUUGGGGCUGAGCGUGCGACCGGUGUUAUUAAAAAAACAAAUAUGGCAGCUUUUGGCUUCCUUCAAGGAGUCUUGCGAGGGGAAACUCUACAAAAUGAGCCAAAUGCAAACUAUAAUCACUCUAGCUUUCCUGAAUGCAUUAUUACAAUUUAUAACAUCACUCCUUUCUACAUUCAACCAUAACUGCUCAAUGCAGACCACUUGAUGAGUGUUGAUGCAUAUGAAUGAGACAGAUUUUUAAAUAUUGAAUCACGGUGCCAAGGCAACCAAAAGACACUUUGCAUCAUGGUCCAUCUGCCAGUGUAGUCAUCUUAAUCAGUCCUGUGCUUUUAUUACAAUUAUUCCUGAGUUAUAUAAUGACAACUAAUAAUGGUCUGGCUGCUAAACACCAGCAAGUUUAAUUCCGUGGGAAGAGAAGAUCUGUGUUGCUCCAGAAGUCAGACAGACCAAUAUUUUUUAAAUGUCACUUUGAACAUUGUGUCUAUCCUCCUGGUUGUAAAAUCCCAUUUAGACUUUAUUGAACAGGAAAAUCAGUAAAACAUAAUUCACUGUUAACACUUUUUCUUGUGUUGCCAGUGUUUAUUUUCAGAAAUAAGCUUUCUAUUGACUGUUUGUCUGUGAAGUCAAUAAUACCUUUUUUUCACAGAAAAAAAGGCUUAAAAUCUAUAUUGCAGCUACCAGUGAUAACAAUGUUAUUUAACAUAUAAAUGAUAAAAUAACUAUUUAUUAAUGGUUUACACAGGCUCCUAAUUUGGCUGCUGAUGUACGCGAUAGCAAAUUGCAUCAGUUUCAGUGGUAUUGUUUUAUCAAAACUAUUGAUCUACUUACUGUUAAUAGCUGGUUACUUCCUGUUGUGACAUGGUUUUAUCUACACUUCUGUUAGUGUAAAAAGCACUUAUUCUUCUGAUUUUUUUGAGUUUACAUUAAAUUUGGGCGAUAUGGAUAUCGAUCUAAUACCAAGUAGUUACACUGUAGGCCGGGGCAAUGCUGACUUUUUAAAGUGUUAAAGAUCAUUCAAUAUUUAAAUUUUUUAAUCACAUUUAUAAUCAGAUAAAAACCCAGGAUUGCAGUACAAUAUCAAGUAAAUAUUUAGAAUUGUUCACUUUUUCCUUUUAUUACAUACAAUAUCAACUAAAUAUUUAGAAUUGUUCACUUUUUCCUUUUAUUACAUACAAUAUCAACUAAAUAUUUAGAAUUGUUCACUUUUUCCUUCUAUUACAUACAAUAUUUAAGGCAAAACAAAUUCAAUAGUGCAAAAUAACGCCUAAACAAAAACUAAUUGCCCAUCCAUCCAUUUUCUACUGCUUGUCCCUUUGCUCUAAUUUAAAAAUAUUUGGUUUUAGCUUGUAAAGCCCUCCUGGGGCCUUAUGUAAUAACAGUUGUAUAAUUGAAACUUGUAUUAGUAGAUUGCACAGUAGGGUACAUAUUCCGUACAAUUGACCACUAAAUGGUUUUAAUUGAUUGAUUGAAACUUGGUCAACACAUGCUGAGUACCUGGUCAUCACAUCUCAGCAACAAGCUGUAAUAUCUUACUGAGAUCAUUUAGGACCAAAACACUUAAAACAAGUAAAACACUCUAACAUAAAAUAUGCUUAGUGAGAAGAAUUAGCAAAAGAAAAUAUGCUAAUAUCACCCUUAUUUGAGAUAUUUCAUCUUACUUAGAAUUCAGUUUUUGCAGUGUAGAAAAUAAAUAUUUUGAUUGAUUGAAGCUUUUAUUAGUAGAUUGCACAGUACACUACAUAUUCUGUACAAUUGACCACUAAAUGGUAACACCCCAAUAAGUUUUUCAACUUGUUUAAGUCAGGGUCCACGUUAAUCAAUUCAUGGUAAUUGUGGCGUUCUUACUAAAACGAGACAUUGCAAUCCUAAAAACUGUGUACAUCAGUAAAAAUGUGGAUGUAUUGGUGUGCACACGCACAGAAGCCAAGCACAUUUAUUUUUGUUACAUCGCAGUCAACUUGAAAUUGGUCAGUGUAGCUUGUCAUGUCCAGAACACCCAAGGCCACGCCCACUUAUAUAUAUAUAAGUAUGUGAAUCAUAUUGAAAGUAGCCAUGUGCUUCAGCUCUGCAGGGUGCGACCAAUCACUAGUCAUUAGUAGGCGCUUAUUUCAUAUGUUGUAUGGUCUGUCAGAAACAAAUUCAAUCAAUGUUUAAAUCAUGAGUGUCUCAAAGGGCUGCACAAGCCACAACGAAAUCCUCGGCUCAGAUCUGAUAGAAGAAGAAGAUUAAUGUGCGUGGGCAAAACUAACUCUGUAAAAUGUGUGUAUAUAUGUAUGUAUAUACAUAUAUAUUUAUAUAUAUAUAUGUAUAUACAUACAUACACACCUUCACAUUUCAAUGUGUUCUCUUAAUUUUCAUGACUAUUUACAUUGUAGAUUGUCACUGAAGGUAUCAAAACUAUGACACCUGUCAAGUGAAAACCAUUUCAGGUGACUACCUCAUGAAGCUCAUGGAGAGAAUGCCAAGAGUGUGCAAAGUAGUAAUCAGAGCAAAGGGUGGCUAUUUUGAAGAAACUAGAAUAUAAAACAUGUUUUCGAGUAUUUCAUCUUUUUUUAAGUACAUAACUCCACAUGUGUUUAUUCAUAGUUUUGAUGCCUUCAGUGACAAUCUACAAUGUCAUAUAUGUAUAUAUAUAUAUAUAUAUAUAUAUAUAUAUGCACGUUAGCCAGAUUAGAGUUUUAUGUUAAAAUGAUGGUUAUUCCUCGUCUUUCAGUGCUAACGAUAUUUUUUUAGAUACAUUCAAGAAAUGUACAUAAUUUGCCUGCCACAGAGGCGAGGAUCCGUUAGCCGCCACAUUGCGUUCAGGACGAAGUCCGUCAAAUUUGCAGGACACAGCUAGAAUGUGUCAUCAGUAUGCAUUACCACGACAAGACGAAUGUUAAAAACUCUAUUCUCGGACAAAUUUUGUAUAAUUUAUAUUAGGGAUGCACCGAUUAAUCGGUAACCGAAUAUAUUCGGCCGAAUAUGGCAAAAAAAGCCACAUUCGGCCUUCGGUGGAAUGAGUUCAAAACAAGGCCGAAUAGUGGCGUGUGACGCAAUUUUUUGACGUGGUGACGCAAUCAACCAACGUGCAGUGACGUUGGGAUAUGUUGUGUACCUGUAUAAGUGUAUGAGGUUACAAGCACACACUUAUUGAGAUUUAGUGGGGCCUUCUGUUUACAUUAUUAGCAUAUCUACUGUGGCUAAGCAGACUUUUGCAGAAAAUGACAAUAAUUCAUUAGUUGUGGGUUUAUCCACUUUAUUUUUUUUUGGAAUGCAUGUUUUGUUUGAAGGCCUAAUAUAAAUGAAAAAUGUUGUGCUUUUAUUGAAAAGCAAAGGCUACUGGAAUAUUAAAAAAAUGUCAAUAUCCAAUAAAAAAUGACUUUAUUUGAAAAACAUGUCUAAAUAUUUAUUAUAGGCUAUUUAUGCAAUGUUAAAAAAAUUAUGAAAAACUGCAUUCAUUAUUCGGUAUUUGGCCUUCGGCCAAGCGUUUAAAUUUUAUUCGGCUUCGGCCACAAAUUUUCAUUUCGGUGCAUCCCUAAUUUAUAUUGUACAUCGUCAAUAUCCGUAACUACUGAAAGGGAAAAGUAACUUGCAUCUCAGUGUUUGUUAGUUUGAGCCAUAGAUGACAUCAUCUCAAUAGAUGACAUCAUCCAGCAGCUGCAUAAUUGUAAUAAUAUGGUAGAACCUUCUGGAUGUAUUUUUUCAUUUGCAAAAGAGGCACAAUAGGUCUUUAAACGGGCUAUGGAUACAUACAAGGGAAUAUGUUGAACACAUGGGGGCGCUCUCGCUGUGCUGCUUGUGGGCUGUCCAAGGUCGCAGUAAUUGUCCCCGACAUUUUGCAACAGUGUGAACAUGAGUCCUGCAUGCACCACUUAGACACUCAUCCUUGCUGCAGGGUUCAUUUGCAAAUAAUUAGGCCUGCCUGUGUCUUCAUUAGAAAACUACAGGUGACCGUUAAAUGUCAGAAUGUUGCCAUGUCGACCAGUAAUUGAGUCACGGCAGUUAUUUUAUUCUGAGCUGACAAUUGACUAUUUCGCACCAACCAAAAUGUGACUCAAUUGCUCUAAUGUGCAGGUCAAACUCUAUCAUUUAUGUUUUUAGGAUAGAUUUGCAAGUCAAGCACACUUCAAUGUUACUUCAGUGCGUGAAAGUUAUUUUUUAAUAUACAAUCACUGGCACACUCAACUGUCUCUGUUAUUGUAAAAACCCUGAAAGGGGAUUCUUGAUGAAAGAAGCAGACAAACUGUCCUCAUUUGACUCUGUGGUGACUGACAAAAAGGUGAAGGUGACUCUUAUGUCCUACAUAUGGUGAAUGUUUCUUUUCAACUUGAACCACCAGCUUUAAGUAAAUAAUGGUGGAGCCCAUUGUAAAUUAAGGAGUCUAAGUUGGACAUUUACAUGUAGACUGGGUUAACUCUCACCAGAAGAGGCAAUUUCAGUUCAAUUCAGACUUCGUAAUGCAAAUGUGAUAGCUCUAUCCUGGAGGAGAGACUCCCAUGUUAUGGUAUACAUCUGCUGUCUUCUAAGUCACUUACACACAAACAUCUCUUUACAUGGUCAGGAUGUACUUUCCUGAAUUAACCUCUUGAGGCCCAAGCUGUUUGUUUACCUGCUUUUUUUUAAUGUAUAUUUGGUAUUUGGGCUUAUUGGACCCUAAUUAAUUAAAUUAGCUUUAAAUUUGUGUUUUAUUAUUGUUUUAAUUGGUUUUACCCAUUAAAAUCGUGUUAAUCAUAUUUUGUUAUUUUUAUAUUGGUUUUAUUUUUUAUUCAGUCAUUGGUGGAGCUAAGGAUAUUUGAAUAUUGUUUUUAAUAUUGUUGUGCAGCACUUUGGAAAUAUUGAUGUUGUUUAAAUGUGCUAUACAAAUAAAGUGGAUUGGAUUGGAUAAUUAGAAUAAACACUAAGAAUCAUCUUUUGAUGUGAUGUACUUAGUCCAUAAGUACACAAACGUGUACUUCAUGUUUAAUGACAUGCUGAUUCUUAUUUUUACACUUUUUUUUUUUCAAAUUCUAUUGGAAAUAAGAGCUAAAAGGUGCUGUCCAUGCAUGUGUUUGAUUGGUUGAUUUAAACAUUUAUUAGUAGAUUGUACAGUAAAUAUUCCGUACAAUUGACCACUAAAUGGUAACACCUGAAUAAGUGUUUCAGCUUGUUUAAAUCGGAAUGCACGUAAAUCAAUUCAUGGUAAAAGUGGCCACUAAGCCUUUUUAACACAAUUCCAGACAGAGAAAGAAGGAAUAUAAGACUGUGGUUGGGCUCCUCCAAGUUGGGAGUGCCUCAUUUUUUGGACCUGACCUCCUCCAGGUACUGCAGUCCUUCAUAAUGAGGCUCGCUUGUAUUAAAGAAACUUUUGGUUCUGUAAAACGUCUCCGGCAGUGCUCAAACUAAUCAACAGACUGCCGGUUCAGAGUCAGCAGACACAAUAGUGGAGUUGGUGCCCAGAGCUGUCGGUGGAGAAGUUUAUUACACAAACUAAACUAAAAAAAAACAUUAUGGUGUCAGAGGGAAGGGAAACAAGACAAAAAUGAUCAGGAAAUAUGAGGAAGUGUACUUGAACUUGGCUUCACUGUAAAAAGAGCAGGAAAUGGUGAAAUACUGUAUGGUGUUAUCCAUAAAACUGUGGUGGCGGGCAGCAUGAAACCAAAAAUGUAAAAAAAAGUUUUGAAUGCUUCUAAUUAAGUUUAUAAAACUGCUCUUCUCAGUGGAUCAAUUGCACUUUUUUCUUUGUUUCGAGAAUCACAAAGACUCUGCAGGCGUGUUGAAGUGUUGCAAAUAAACGUUUAAAUGAUGA